UGCAAGUGAAUGAAGUUUUGUCAGUGUUCAUGUUCUUUCCUUUUUCUAUAAAAGGGUUCCAACAUAUUUCUAACUUCCAGAGUGCAGACCAGAAGGGGUUCCUUCUAUUUCUCCUCAUCAAUGGCAGAAGUAACGAAGAGAUAUGCAGUGGUUACUGGUGCAAACAAGGGAAUUGGAUUGGAAAUGUGUAAACAGCUAGCUUCAAAAGGAAUCACGGUGUUGUUAACAGCUAGAGAUGAGAAGAGGGGUCUUGAAGCUGUUGGGAAGCUGAAACAGUACGGCCUAUCUGAUAAUGUAGUUUUUCAUCGACUUGAUGUUGCAGAUGCCGCCAGUAUUGCUCCUUUGGUAGAGUUCAUCGAAACACAAUUUGGAAAGCUUGAUAUUUUGGUGAAUAAUGCAGGAAUUGGUGGCGUAGAAGCCGAUGCUGAUGCUGUUAGAGCUGCAGGGCUUGGUAAGCCUGGUAUAAAAGUAAACUGGAGUGAGAUAAUGACUCAAACACCCCAGUUGUCUGAGGAAUGCCUUGAGACAAACUACUAUGGUGCCAAAAGAAUGUGUGAAUCGCUUAUUCCCCUUCUCCAGAAAUCUGAUUCACCAAGGAUCGUAAAUGUUUCCUCCUCCAUGGGAAGGUUAAAGAAAGUAUCAAAUGAAUGGGCUACAGCAGUCUUCAGUGAUGCUGAAAAUCUUACAGAAGAGAAAGUGGAUGAGGUAUUGAGCCAGUAUCUGAAAGAUUUCAAGGAGGGUUCAUUGGAAGCAAAGGGUUGGCCUACUUUUAUGUCAGCCUAUACACUUUCUAAAGCAGCUAUGAAUGCCUAUACAAGGAUCCUGGCUAAGAAGUACCCAGGUUUCUGCAUCAACUGUGUUUGCCCAGGCUUUGUUAAAACAGACAUCAACUACAACUGUGGGACCUUAACUGUUGAAGAAGGUGCUGCCGGUCCUGUGAGAUUAGCAUUGUUGCCUAAUGGUGGCCCUUCUGGUCUCUUCUUUUUCCGAAUGCAAGAGUCAGAUUUUUAAUCAAAUUGGCUGCUUCUUUUAAAGAAGCUGAGCUUGUGGUUUGGGAAAAAGUGGUUUGAAUAGGUUCAAGAGUCUGAAUUAAUGUUACAUAAUCGAGGUGUUAAUUGCUUGAGUACAAAAAAGCAACUGAGUUUUAGCUUGUGCAGACAUAUGAUAUUUGUCUUGUGUGGUUUAUAAAUAGGUUUAAGAGUCUCACUGUAAAAAAAAUGCAUUUGGGAGAAUAAUUAAUGCAUGGUGUUCUUGCAGUCUGCUAGUACAAACUUCUCUUGCUCCGACCUUUUG